AUGGCGAACGUGUCUGUUGCUGCGGAAUGGCAACUUCUCUAUAAUCGAUAUUACAGGAAGCCUGAGAUAUACCAAAUGAGAUGGAAACAUGUAGAUUUGAGUCGUAACAAGGUUGCUUGUGCUUCUUUUGGUGGUCCAAUUGCAGUCAUUAGAGAUGACUCUAAGAUUGUUCAACUAUAUGCUGAAUCUGCACUAAGAAAGCUACGAAUCUUUAACUCAGCUGGUAUACUCCUCUCUGAGACUGUUUGGAAACACCCUGGUGGUCGGCUCAUCGGAAUGUCCUGGUCUGAUGAUCAGACACUAAUCUCCAUUGUCCAAGAUGGGACGAUUUAUCGUUACAACAUCCUCGCUGAGCUCAUCGAGCCUAAUAUGACAAUGGGGAAGGAAUGCUUUGAGCAGAAUGUGGUUGAGUGUGUCUUCUGGGGGAAUGGUGUUGUCUGUUUGACAGAAGGAGGGGAGUUGUUUUGUAUUUCCGAUUUUAAGACGAUGAAGCCUUAUAAGUUGGCUCAUGUCCCGGGUUUAACGGAAGACGAUAUGCUGCAGCCAACUUGCUUGGCUGUGAGAGAACCUCAGUACACCAUGUCUGGGAAUGUUGAAGUUUUGGUGGCAGUUGGAGAUGAGAUUUAUGUUGUGGAUGAAGACGAGGCGCAAACUAUUAGGUUCGAUGAGCCUAGUGUUGAAGACUCUGAGAUGCAGACUGAUGAUUAUGGGAAUUUGAUUGGACCGGUGCAGAAGAUGAUUGUAUCACCUAAUGGAAAAUUUCUAACACUCUUUACUCAUGAUGGCCGGGUUGUUGUAGUUGGCAUGGAAUCAAAACAAAUUGCUAUUGACUACAGUUGUGAGUCAGCCCUUCCUCCGCAGCAAAUGGCUUGGUGUGGAAUGGAUAGUGUGCUGCUCUAUUGGGAUGAGGAGUUAAUGAUGGUGGGUCCUUUAGGAGAUCCAGUUCACUAUUUCUAUGAUGAACCUGUAAUUCUUAUCCCAGAAUGCGAUGGAGUGAGAAUAUUAUCUAACACGAGCCUCGAAUUUCUGCAAAGAGUACCUGAUUCUACUGAGUCAAUCUUUAAGAUUGGAAGCACAUCUCCUGCAGCUUUGCUAUAUGACGCUUUGGAUCAUUUUGACAAGCGAAGUGCUAAGGCGGAUGAAAAUUUGAGAUUAAUUCGUUCGUCACUUUCUGAGGCUGUUGAAGCCUGUAUUGAUGCUGCUGGCCAUGAAUUUGAUGUAUCUCGUCAGAGGGCUCUGUUACGAGCAGCAAGUUAUGGACAAGCUUUCUGCAGCAAUUUUCAGCGUGAGCGUGUCCAAGAGACUUGUAGAACUUUACGUGUUCUAAACGCCGUUCGUGAUCCCGAUAUUGGCAUACCUCUAAGCAUUCAGCAGUACAAGUUACUGACACCGGUAGUUUUGAUUAGUCGCCUAAUUAAUGCUCAUUGCCACCUUCUUGCUCUGCGGAUAUCUGAGUACUUAGGAAUGAAUAAAGAAGUGGUGAUAAUGCAUUGGGCGUGUGCAAAGAUAACUGCUUCGCCAUCAACUCCAGAUACUCAUCUUCUUGAAAUUUUACUUGAUAAGCUCCAACUAUGCAAAGGGAUAUCUUAUGCUGCAGUGGCCACUCAUGCAGAUAACUGUGGCCGUCGAAAGUUAGCUGCAAUGCUGGUAGAACAUGAACCACGCUCCACUAAACAGGUUCCUCUUUUAUUAAGCAUUGGGGAGGAAGACACAGCUUUAAUUAAAGCAACUGAAAGUGGUGACACCGACCUGGUGUAUCUGGUUAUAUUUCAUAUAUGGCAAAAGAGGCCCCCGUUGGAAUUCUUCGCGAUGAUACAAGGAAGAGUUUUGGCACGUGAUUUAUUUAUAGCCUAUGCACGAUGCCAUAAACAUGAAUUCUUGAAGGAUUUCUUCUUAUCUACGGGUCAGAUUCAAGAGGUAGCUUUUCUUUUAUGGAAAGAAUCAUGGGAUAUGGGGAAAAACCCGAUGGCUAGCAAAGGAUCUCCACUACAGGGUCCGCGCAUAAAACUAAUAGAGAAAGCCAGCAACCUUUUCUCUCAGACAAAGGAACACACUUUUGAGUCUAAGGCUGCUGAGGAGCACGCAAAACUCCUGAGGAUACAGCAUGAGCUAGAAGUAAGUACGAAGCAGGCUAUCUUUGUUGAUUCAAGCAUCAAUGAUACUAUACGUACAUGUAUUGUCCUCGGUAACAAUCGCGCUGCAAUGAAAGUGAAGUCAGAAUUCAAGGUUUCUGAUAAAAGAUGGUACUUUCUGAAAGCAUUUGCUCUAGCUACAAUUAAAGACUGGGAAGCACUGGAAAAGUUUUCAAAGGAGAAGAGACCACCUACAGGGUUCCGGCCAUUCGUGGAGGCAUGCAUCGAUGCUGAUGAGAAAGCGGAAGCUCUAAAAUAUAUCCCCAAACUGUCAGAUCUUGUGGAAAGAGGCGAGGCUUAUGCUCGUAUUGGAAUGGCGAAAGAAGCUGCUGAUGCAGCAGCUCAGGCAAACGAUGGAGGAGAAUUACUGGAGAGAUUCAGGAAGACGUUUUCACAGAAUGCUAUUUUCGAUACUCUGAAAAUGCCUUUCCAAGGAGUCUCCUAG